CGGCAGAGCUUCCAUGAGAGCAAAGACGAGCUCCAGCACCGCAGCCAUGUCCACAUCCCUGCGGGUGAGCCCCUCGCUCCACGGGUACCGCUUCGACACCGCGCUGCGCAAGAAAGCCGCGGCCAACAUCUUCGAGAGCAUCAACGAGGCGUCCCUGCAGAAACUCUUCAGAAACUCCGGCGACAAGAAGGCGGAGGAGAGAGCCAAGAUAAUCCUCGCCACCGACCAGGACAUGGAGGAAAAAACCAGGGCGCUGAUGGCGCUAAAGCAGAGGAGGAAAGACAAGCUGCUGCAGUUCCUGACGUUUCGGAAAUACUCCAUCAAAGUUCACUGAGCUGGCUGGCGGAGGGAGCAGGAAUGGAGAACUUUGUGACGGGACUGUUUGAGAGCUCCUAGCAUGCUCGGCUGCCCCGUGGGCCUGGGGAGCUGACAGUCCAUGCAGGGGCUUCAGCUCCACUGCAAACCAUGAGCCAGCAGCGGCAUCACUGCGGGCAGCAGGACCAGUGCCCAUGGCACACUGGUGUGACCAGCAGGACCAGUGCCCAAAGCAGCACUGGUGUGACCAGCAGGACCAGUGCCCAUGGCACACUGGUGUGGACAGCAGCAUCAGUGCCCACAGCAGCACUGGUGUGACCAGCAGGACUGGUGUGGUCAGCAGGACCAGUGCCCAUGGCACACUGGUGGGUCCAGCAACCUGAUCAGUGCCCACAGCAGCAUCAGUGCCCAUGGCACAUUGAUGUGGCCAGCAGCCUGAUCGGUGCCCAUGGCACAUUGGUAUGGACAGCAGCAUCAGUGCCCACAGCAUCUCUGGUGUGGCCAGCAGGACCAGUGCCCACAGCACAUCACUGUGGCCAGCAGCCUGGUGGCCAGAGGCUCUCAGAGAGAGAGAGAGAGAGAGAGCAGCUCCCAGCUGGGGCAGAUUUGCUCCUCUGGGCAGCCAUGGGACUGAGCUGGGGGAAACCUCACCACCCUGAUGGACUUGGUGCUCACAGACUUGCUUUGCCUCUUCAGCCUGAGCCCUGCUUACGUGGUGGUGGGGGGCUCUGGAGACCUCCCAGCUGCUGGUCAGGGUCAGAAUCUGUGAAAUGCCCCCAAGGCAGCGUGGUGCAGUGAGUUCAGCCGUCCGGGAAUGCAUUAACUCUGCACAGCUGUGCCUUUCCUUGUGUGCAGGAAAAGUCGUUUGCACAGAAGCAAUAAUAAUGACAGAUUUCCCUGAAUUUACUGUGAAGUUCCUUAAUAUUAUGUUCACUUACCACUAACACUAAAAAUCUAAAUAUAAUUACUACAGUUCUUCUCUGUGUAGGUGACAGCCACUAUUAGAUGAGUACUUACUUCAUGGCAAUAUUUUAUGACAAUGUUAAUAUUAUAUUGGCUAUAAUUUAUUGCAUACAGCGAUGU